AUGCAGGGCAAGAAGAUUCUCGUGGCCUUGUCGGCAACCUCAGCAGUCUCUGCCCAACGGCCGGCUGACGUCCCCAUGUGCGACUAUUACACGAAAGCGAUUUUGAAAGAGAACACCGCCGAGAACCAGUUGACACUGCUGACAGUCCUUGUCAACACUGUGGUGAUUGGUAACUAUACGAUGCCGAAUGUUGGCAUCGCUGUUCCUGGUAUCCUUGCCCCAGGCAAAUUCGAAGGGGUGGAUGUCAAUCUAUUGCCAUAUUUCGAUGGGUCCAUGGCCUCGUCGAAUCGCGGCGGAUCUUCCGGUGUAGCUGUCAACAACCUGGACGGUGGUGGCGCCGAGCCGCUCAAGAUGAACUUGCCAGCCAACUCCGAAACCUCGAACCAAUACUUCCUUCUCACUCAUCUAUACGCAUUCUUCGGCUCUCUCCUAGGCUGUACGACUUACGGCAUGCCAGGCUUCCCCGCGUACGACGGCAUUGCAUCCCAGUACAAGGUGCACAAGUUCAUGGACCUGAAUCACUAUGAGGUCUCAUACUUCAUCCAGCAGGUUGGACUUGCUGCGUCGUCCUUCGGUGUGACUAAUGACGAUAUCACCGCCGUGGCUGAUGCGCUUGACAAACUAUUCAACCAUAGAUGUCUGCCCCCAGCUACCGCUAUCAAGGAGCAGGGCCCGCAGUUGCACUCCAUCUGCAUUGAGGAGACAUGUCCUCUGGCAGAGGGAGCGGUCUGCGACAAGUACGAGCCCGCUACGCCCCCAGCAUCGCCGCCGGCGGGGGGCUCGAAUGCAACUGCAACAAAUGGUACGGGUAAUCCCGCCAGCCCAAGUGCGACAGAUACUUCAGGUGGCGCCUCACCAUCGGCCCCAGUUCAAGUCGGUGGAGCCACUCUAGAUGCAGCUGUCAACAUCCUUCUUUUUGCAGUUGCACCCGCUUUCUGCGCAGGACUGAUGAUACUAUAA